GAGAGAGAGAGAGAGCUAGAGAGAUUGUUUGUGAGGGAGGAGGGAAUUCUCUCUGAGGCUGUAGAACAGUAGAGUGACUUGCCGGACAAAAAAAAAAAAAAAACUUUGAGGAAAGAAAGGAGAAAGAGCGAGUGAAACGAAGGAGAGAGAGUGAGACGUUCAGAACGCAGAAGGGAAUGUAGUGAACACAGGCUGGCAAGAGGAAGAAAAUGAAACAAAGCGAUUACUAUCUGUGAGAAAGCGCUCGUGGCCGCCUCUAUCUCACACACACACACACACACAUACAGGAAGAACAGAAGGCUGGGGAAUCAGGAGGGAUCCUGUAGGAAGCACUUCUUUUGGAUGUGCCUUUUUUUAUUGACUCUGGGGACACGGGUGCGGCUGCUGGAGGUCUACAUCGUCCUCGGUCACCUGCUGAGAGGGCUGUGAUGUCUCCACAUGUCAGACUGUGAGUCCUCAGCCCCUCACACAGAUUCAUUCACACCCCGGCUCUCUGGAGCGCCGGUGUGGACAGACAGACCCACACGGACCAGAAGGACUGUUCCCCGCCGCCGCCGCGAUUGUAGCGACGGAGGGGGUCCCCUCUGGGGAGCGGGCUCGCGGGGUGCCGCUUGCGGGACACCGACGCCGUGGGUGAGCAGGGGCCGGAGGAUGGGCGGCGGGGUUCUCAGGCUGCGCGGCUCCCGGGGGGACCGAUGAGUAGCGGGAGCCUCCCCCAGGGCCGGCGCUUCCACUGCCGGGAGUGGGCCCUGGGGAAGCUGCGGCGCUGGCUGGACGGCCGCUGCGCGGGGGUCCUGGUGACGGGCGGCCCCGGCGCGGGGAAGACGGCCCUGUGCGCGGAGGUGGCGCGGCCCGCCUCGGACGCCGGGCUCGGGGCGGGACUGGCGCCCCGCUGCCUGGCAUCCCACUUCUGCCAGAGGGAGGACGAGAGGACCGUGUCGGUGUGGAGGUUCGUGCUGGGCGUGGUGGAGCAGCUGCGGCGCAGCCCCCUCCUCCCGCCGGCUUACGCCGAAGCCCUGGACGCUCCCGCCGUCGCCUGCACCCUGGAGCCGCUGCAGUGCCAGCGGGACCCUGACGAAACCUUCAAAAGGGCGGUGCUGUUGCCCCUGCAGGAAAUCCCCCCUCCGGCCCACCGGCUCUUCCUGCUGGUGGACUCCCUGGACUCGGGGUUCCUGACGGGGGCUGGAUCGGGGAUGAGCGGCUCCAUCGCCGAGCUCCUGUCCAGCCACCAGCAGCUGCUCCCCGGCUGGCUGCUCCUCGUCUGCUCCGCGCGGCGGCAGAACCGCGCCGUCUGCAAGAUGUUCUCAGGAUUCCGUAAGCUGACCCUGGAUGACCUUCGCAAGGCGCCGGCGGUGCGCGACGUUCAGCAGUACAUUCUGCGCCGCCUGGACCAGGAGGGGGCGCUGCGGAGGCAGCUGACGCCAGAGACGGCCGACAUGCUCAACCUGCUGCACAUCAAGAGCGGCGGCUGCUUCCUGUUCCUGGAGCGCGUGCUGGACGGCGUGGCGCGGGGCCUGGUGGCCGUGCGCGAGAUCCGCGACAUCCCCGGCACCCUCAACGGCCUCUACCUGUGGCUCUGCCAGCGCCUCUUCCCCAAGAGGCUCUUCUCGCUGGUGCGGCCGCUCCUCGACGUCCUGCUGGCGUCGCCGCGCCCGCUGACCCCGGAUCAGCUCUACGGGGCCGUCUGGACUCGCGACACCACCCUCGGGCCCGGCGACUUCCAGCGCCGGUUGGAGGCGCUGUCUCCGGUCCUGACGGACGGGCCCGGGGACGCCAAGGUCCUGUUCCACGCCAGCUUCGCCGAGUGGCUGACGGACGUCAAGUACUGUACGCAGAGGUACCUGUGCAGUGUGGAGGAGGGCCACACCAUGCUGGCCAUGUCCCUGUCCCUGCGGGCGCCGCAGCUGGGGACCGAGGAGGUCUGCCGCCUGGCGGCCCACCUGAUCCGCUCGGGCGCGCACGCGGACGACCCCGCCCUGCUGGCGCUGUGGAUGGUGUGGAGCGGUGUGCCCUCCAUCGGCGGGCCGCCCCCGUCCCCCUCCCGGCCCCCUCCUCCCCCCCCGGUCCUGGUUCAGCGGGACGUCCUGCAGCUGCUGCUGAAGAGCGGGGCGUACCCCCCAUCCCGCGGGGGGGUGCACUGCAUGGAGGACGGGGAGGGUGUCCCGCGGCAGACGCCGGAGGGGGCAGACUCGGUGCGGUUACUUUUGGACAGCGGGGCGAGCGUCAACCAGGCGGACCCAGCCGAUGGGCGCACCCUGCUGGCCGGCGCCGCCCAGACCGGGGCGGGUGAUGUGGUCGAGCUGCUGCUGUCCCGCGGGGCCGACCCGGGGAUCGGCGACCACCAGGGCCAGACCCCGCUAACGCUGGCUGCCCGGCAGGGCCACGUGAGGGCGCUGCGGGCCCUGCUGGACUGGGCGGGCCGGCGCGGGGCCGAGGGAGCGGCGCUGGUGGACCGGGCGGACAGCGAGGGCUGGACGCCGCUGCGCUCGGCGGCGUGGGGCGGGCACGGCGAGGCGGUGCGCCUCCUGCUGGCCGCUGGGGCCGAGGUGGACGGCUGCGACGGCGAGGGCCGGACGGCGCUGCGGGCGGCCGCCUGGGGGGGCCACGAGGAGAUCCUCCGCACCCUGCUGGAGCACGGGGCGCAGGUGGACCGGCCCGACCGCCAGGGCCGCACCCCUCUGAUCGCCGCCGCCUACAUGGGCCACCAGGAGGCGGUGGAGAUCCUGCUGGAGCACGGGGCCCUGGUGGACGUGCAGGACGGGGAUGGGCGGACGGCCCUGUCCGUCGCCGCCCUCUGCGUGCCCUCCGCCGCCGGGGGGCGGGGCUACGGCGACGUGGUGAGCCUGCUGCUGGAGAAGGGCGCCGACCCCGCCCACAGGGACCGGGACGGCAUGACCCCACUGCUGCUGGCCGCCUACGAGGGCCACGCCGAGGUGGUGGAGCUGCUGCUGGAGGCCGGGGCCGACGUGGACGAGAGCACCGGGCCACGCGGCUCCGCCUCGGCCGCCGUGACGCCGCUGCUGGCCGCCGCCUCCAUGGGCCACAUGGCGGCGGUGAGCGCCGUGCUCUUCUGGGGCGCGGCGGUGGACGGCAUCGACGGGGAGGGCCGCACGGCGCUGAGCCUGGCGGCCGCGCGGGGCAGCGUGGAGGUGGUGCGGGCGCUGCUGGACCGCGGCCUGGACGAGAACCACAAGGACGACAUGGGCUGGACGCCGCUGCACGCCGCCGCCUGCGAGGGCCACAGGGGCGUCUGCGCCGCCCUGACGGAGCCGGGCAGCAUGGCGCGGGUGGGCGAGCUGGACAACGAGGGCCGCACGCCGCUCAUCCUGGCCGCCCAGGAGGGCCACUGCGGCACGGUCAGGCUGCUGCUGGACCGCCGCUCCCCCAUUGACCACCGGGCCUACGACGGGCACUCCGCCCUGAGCGCGGCCGCGCUGGAAGGCCAGGCGGAGGUGGCGGAGCUGCUGAUGAGGCGCGGCGCCGACACGGACGUGCGCGACGCCGAGGGCCGGCCGCUGCUCUACCUGCUGGUGCUGGAGGGCCGCGUGGACAUGGCCGCCCUGCUGAUGGAGAAAGGCGGCGUCCCCCUGGAGUCCCGGGACGCAGAGGGCCGCGCGGCGUUGCAUGUGGCGGCCUGGCACGGCAGCCUGGAGGCCGCGGAGCUGCUCCUGAGGCGCGGGGCCGAUCCCAACGCGCGGGACGGGGAGGGACGCCCGCCCCUGCACUCCGCCGCCUGGAGGGGCCACGCCGAGGUAGCCUGUCUGCUGCUGGAGGCCGGCGGCGCCGACGUGGACCUGGCCUGCCGCCAGCAGGGGGCGACGGCGCUGUGCAUCGCCGCUCAGGAGGGGCACGCGGACGUGGUGGCCGUGCUGCUGGAGAAAGGGGCGAACCCGGAGCACGCGGACCAGUACGGCCGGACCCCGGUGAAGGUGGCCGGCAAGAGGGGCCACGCGCGGAUCGUCCGGCUCCUGGAGAGCUACGGAGCCAAGCCUUAUGCGGGCAUCCUGCCCUCCCCACCCUGCGGAAACCCCCCGCCCUUCCAGACCUCCACCCUCAAAACCCACUCCUCGGCCAGUUCGGGGAGCGCCGGGGAGCCGACGCCCAGGGCCCCCGAGGCGCCUCCGGCCUCCGCCUCCCUCUCCUGCUCCCCGGACUCCACGGCCGAGCGCUUCCACUCCACCCAGAGCUCGCAGACCUCGUCCUCCACCUGCCACUCACUGGCCACGGUGCAGACGGUGCCGGCCGACAGCCUGAGCUUCACCCAGCAGAUCCAGCAGCACUCUCUGCCCCGCAGCCGUAGCCGCCCCGCCACCCUGCUCCCGCCCGGCUCUGCCUCCAACAGUCUCUAUGGCAGCAACCGCAAGCCACGCCCCCAGGCCACCUCCCCUCCCGCAGCCGACCCCCUCAUCGAGUCCCCCGCCGCCGCUGCGCUGUCCCAUAAGCCCCAAAAAGGCUUCAGCUCGCCGGGAGAAGCCGACUGGCCCGUCAAGCCCAAGACCCCGGAUCUGAAGAGCGCGGGGCUGGAGAGAGAGGACAAGAGGCAGGGGAGGUGGAACUCGGUCAUGGCCUCUCUGGGGGUGACUCCUGGACAGGACUGCCCCUCCAGACCUCCGAAAACCAGGGAGAGCCCCCUCUUCGGGUACCCCGUCCAGCUGGAGGGCCAAGCCCAGGGAGAGGCGCGGGACGGCCCUCGGAAGAGCUCCCUGUCACCCCCGUUCGGCUUCCCCGUGGGGUCCUCCCCCAGUGCCUUAUCCCCGGAGUCUGCCAUCCCCCUCACCACCACAGACCCCCAGCUCAACCUGAAGCAGGCCAUCAAGCUGCAGUUCGAGGGGCCCACCAGUGCCGCCAUAUACAAGCGGGAGACGCCGCUCUGAGGUGAGAGCGGUGGGCACGGAGACGCGGCACUCCGAGGAGCAGCCGCUGCACAGGCUAACUGUUCUGAGGUCAGUUUGCCGCUGGCAGGGGAGGGGAGCCGAUCCCACCGGCGCUCCGCUCUGCGCCAGCCACGGACGGGAGGAACCCGGAGGACUUGAAAAGACGCACUGUUUACAUUCCAGCUUUUUCCCUUUGUCCUCCUGCGAGGAGAGAGCAGCUGUCACCCCCUCCCUCGCCCCAGCCCGCAGGAAUUCACUUCUGUUUCAGCCAUGGCUUCGUAUCGUACUGGAGGAAUGACCGAACGAGCAGGGGGGAGGGGAUUUUUUUUCUGAGGGAAUGGGGGGGGGCUAUCGCACACCGUUCCCAGAACAAUCAGAAACGGGUGUGCGAGGUGAUGACGUGCUUCUCUCUCUUUUUGUUGUUUUGUUUUUUUUUCCGCUUCCUCUAACCCCUGCUCCGGACACAAGCGUUGUGUGAGGGAAGGUCACGGCUGGACACAAGGCUGCACCUGAGUGUGGACAGAGCAGCAGUCGGGCUGGCGGUGCCGCUGUUCGGAGGCGUAGCGGGAAUGUUCACCACCAUCGAUCACGGAGGGGGGAGGCGCUCGUUUGAAAUGCCAAAAUGGAAACCUCGGGACAGGCUCGGACCUAGAAUCGGACGGUGUACUAAAGCCAAAACAUUUUUUUUUUUCUGAAAUGAAUCUGUCAGUCUGUUACCCAGAGCAGUCCUUUUCAGGCGUGAUAAAAAAACCUAAACGUGUCAACGUUUUCAAGAAUAACAAUUAUGACGUGCCAAGGUAUUUACGGCCUCGACCUUUGUCAGAGGGCCUAGUGUUCGCAUUUCACCUGGAAUACGACCCGUUAUUCUAAGUGUCCACACAAUUCUGUCAACAUUUGUCUUUAGGAGCGCUGAAGCCAACAGAGGCAAUAAUGUGCAACCUUAUAAUCUGUGAAAGGGCUUGAACUCAGGGUUUAUGACCAGGGCCAUAAAUACCUUUGGCCGGGAGUGGAGAGACAAGAGCGGAUUAUUGGUAAUGCCAAAGAGAGUAUGGCAGGUCAUUUUUAUGCCAUUAUCGAAUUUUCCUUGGCUAAAUAUUAACGCCAUGCUCAAAUUAAAAAAUGUAACUUGAAGAGGUUCUGAAUGACUGCGAAACAUGCAGGGCCAUGGAGACCUGGUGCUGAGCUUAGUGCUAUGCUGUGUGUGAGAGAAGAUGUGCUUGGAGCUUCUCCUAACUGAAACACUGACUCGGAGGGGGAAGGAGAAAGGGGGGGAGGUGAUCGAGUCAGAGUCACGGCAACAGCAGUGGAUCGGCGCCGUCGGUGGACAGGAAGCCGCUGUCUCUCAGCGCCAGCUCCUGGAGUGCGUGUGUGUGCGUGGGUUGGUGUGUGUAUAGGGGGGAUGUGGUGUGGAUAAUACACAGGGAAGUUUAACAUGUCUAUAAUAGUGCUGGAGCUCAAGAGUGUGCUCCCAGCAUGCCUUAGUGAUACGUGUAAGGGUGCCGUAGGUCCAGUGCUGUUUUGUAUGGAAGAGGCAGAGGUAGAGAGAGUGUCAUCAACGACACUCAUCAAACAUUUGAACAGUGUGACGUGAUUGUUUUUUUUUUUCUUUCCUCCUCAGUGGAGGUAGAUGGAGAUUUGAGGAGGUCUGGGUGAUAUGGCCACCUUCUGU